AAGCAAUCGCAGAAAAAUGCAAGGGUUUGAUGUAGUUCUAUCGGAAACUGAAAAUGUAGGUGGAGGUUCUGUUUGCUAUACACAGUCCAAGGAAAUUGCUGAAACUGGCAGAAUUGACACAUCUUGUCGAGGAAAGGCCACAACUGUGUUUGUUCGCAAGAAAUAUCCUCCUUACUUUCUCUUCAUCUGUGAGGUGGAAAUAUAUGUGUGCCAGGCGGGGUUUUGGGGGACGCAGUGUGAGAGGCCGUGUAAUUGUGCUGAUGAUGAGAAGUGUGACCCAGACACUGGAGUGUGUCCCAGGGGCUGCCACCCAGAAACUACCUGUAAAUCCUCACUCAUUGCACAAUAUGAUGAGGAGGGCUAUGAGGUGACAACUGAGGAGAAGCCUGUACCUCUGGCUGCGGACAUAAACAACUCUUCUUCAUCACAGUCCUCUGUUACUGAUACGGUAAACGAAAUCACAACUGAAGACUCAAUAACAACUAGUGUAAAUGAAAACUCAACUGAAGACUCAGUAACAACUAGUGUCAGUGAUAUCACAACUGAAGAAGACUCAAUAACAACUAGUGUAAAUGAUAUCACAACUCAAGAAGACUUAAUAACAACUAGUGUCAGUGAUAUCACAACUGUAGACUCAAUAACAACUAGUGUCAGUGAUAUCACAACUGUAGACUCAAUAACAACUAGUGUAAAUGAUAUCACAACUGAAUACUCAAUAACAACUAGUGUCAGUGAUAUCACAACUGAAGAAGACUCAAUAACAACUAGUGUCAGUGAUAUCACAACUGAAGAAGACUCAGUAUUAACUAGUGUCAGUGAUAUCACAACUGAAGAAGACUCAAUAACAACUAGUGUCAGUGAUAUCACAACUGAAGAAGACUCAAUAACAACUAGUAUAAAUGAUAUCACAACUGAAGAAGACUCAAUAACAACUAGUGUCAGUGAUAUCACAACUGAAGAAGACUCAAUAACAACUACUGGGAAUGAAAUCACAACUAAUAUUGACAGAAUAACAACUAGUAGUGAUGAAAUAACAAGUGUAAUCAAUAGUAAAAUUACAACAGAAGAAUCUGAUAGUUCAACUGAUGCUGAGAAAAUAACAACUAAUGUGAAUGAAAUAACUACUAAUAGUGAAAUAACAACUGUAAGUGAAGCAAUAACUACUAGUAGAAUCACAACCGAAGAAACUGAUAUCACUACUGAUGAUAAAAUAACAUCAACUGUGAAUGAAAUAACAACUAAUGUAAAUGAAAUAACAACUAAAGUUAAUGAAAUAACAAGUGCUAAUAUUGCAACAACUGGUGCUAAUGAAAUAACAAGUGCUUUUAUUGCAACAACAACUGGUGCUAGUGAAAUAACAAGUGUUACUGAAGAAUUAACUACUGCAGAGGAAUUAACUACUGCUUCAGAAACAACUACUGCUAAUGAAAUCACAACAGUUCCUACAACUCCUUACACAACAAGCAGUGAGAGUGAAACAACAACUGAUGAUGAAAUGACAACUAAAUCAGUAAGUACAAGUAUGUCAACCUCAUCUACAAGCAGUACAGGCAGUACAACUGCAGCAACAACAAGUGCCCCCACUAGUGAAACCACUUCUGCAAGUGUUACGAAAAUUAGCAUGUCCACAAUGGAAGAUACAACAACUUCUAGUAAAUCUACAGUAACUGAAGACAUUACCUUGAUUGCUAAUGUUACUAGCUCGAUAGCAACUGCUGAAAGUGUGACUACAUCUGAAAUCCAAACUACAUCUACAGCAAAUGGUACGUCUAGUAUGGCCUCCACAGUUGGUGAAAUUACAACCACAGUCCAAAAAACCACCACUGAAAAUCCAGUGACAACUUCUGGUAGUACUCCUACCACAACUGGUGAUCAUACGACUUCUACACAAAGUGUAGAUACUACUGCUAAAGCUGGAACAACAUCAGAAAGUCCAGGCACAACUGGAACACAGUCAACAAGUACUGAGGUUCAGUCUACAAUUGGGCCAUUAAACAGUACCACAAGUGAAAUUAAAACAACAUCUGAAAGUCAAAUAACCACAAAAACUACAAUGGGGGCUCAAUCCACCACAAGUGACAGUAUGAAUACACAGACAGAGAGUGCUAGCACAACCAAAGGAUCUGUAACAACAGCUGGCAUUGAAAGCACAUCACUAACAAGAGGAAGUGUUCCCACAUUAACAACUUCCAUGUUCACAACCCAGUCAAGUACAGAACUACUCAUAUCUGAUGAAUCUCAGACAAAAGGAAGUUCUACCACUGAAUCUGCUUUUUCAACUGAAUUAUCAGUGACCACAUAUGAAGGUCAAACCACAGUUUCUACAACUGGAUCAGACUUAACUACAAUGGAAAAAUCAAGUACUUCUGCUGUUCAAACAGUGACUUCUAGUGAAUCAACAUUAACCCCUAUGCCACCAACAACAGCGGCUACGACAACAGAAUUUGAGACUACUGUACUAUCAACAACAGUGCCUCCAGUUUCAAGUUCAGAAUUGCCAUCUGAAGUGUCUUCUCAAUCAACAGCCCUGGCUUCAACUGAAAGCUCAACCAGAUCAUCAGUAUCAACAUCAGUGGAUGAAUUUACUGGAACAACAUCAACAGAAACAGGAAAUGUUACAUCAACUACAGGGGAAUCCCUAACAACAAUUGAAACAACUCAAUCAACUACAACAUUUUCUGGAUCAACAACAGAGUCAUUUGAAUCAACAGCACCGCCCUCCAGCUCAACAAUACAGACAUCAGGAACAACAACACAAAUACUGGAGUCAACAACUUCUGAAUCAACAGAGCCAUCAAAUGAAAUGGAGAUCUCCACUAUCUCAACAUCACAGUCAACAACACCAUUUUCUGAAUCAACCACACAUCCAUCUACAAUAAGUACACAAGUUGUAGAAACUUCUGAAUCAACUUUACCUUCAACUGCAACAGAAACCACGGUUAUAACUUUUACUUCAGAAGAGGCUACUGGGACAACAGAGACAACUUUGUUAGCAACAGAGAGCACAACCUCUCCAGGGCAAACAAUCAACACUACACUCUCUACAGAAUCAACGACACAACCAACAAACUUUACCCUCCCCCCAGAACUAACUACACAACAGAUAAACACUACAACUCCUGCAGAAUCAACUACAGUGUCAACAGUGUUAUCAACUUCUACAACAUCAACUAUAGAGAUAACCUCUGGUAUUACAGAAACCACAGCAAGAACAAUUUCUUCAAGGUCUACAACUCCAACACAGACUGUGGCAACAACAACUUCAACUCCAGAGACUACAACAGUUGAAUCAACGGCAGUUACAUCAACUUUUGUUCCAACACAGACCACCUUUGUUAGCUCAUCAACAACAUCUAUAUUGUCCUCAGAAACAUUGCCUGUGAGUUCUCUGGUAGCUAUUGUAAUUCCCUCUCUCCUCUUGUUUAUUAUCAUUCUGGCUGUUCUUUUCUCAGGAUUUUUCAUCAUCAAGAAACGCAAUCGCCAGAAAAUUUCUGAUGAAGAGAUAGCAGGCAAUGAUGUCGUCAUUACUGAUAUGAUGCCAUUAACACCCAUACCUAAUGGAACCAAUGGUGCCGUAAAAAAAGAUUUUGAUGACUCUCUCCCCUACAAGUAUGAUGAAGAUGGUGAUCUGGUUUAUGAUGGGCCACCUCAAGGUUACUCUAUUCCUGUCAAGGACAUUCAAGGUCAUGUUAUCAAGCUACAGGAAGAUAAUCAGUUUGCCAUUGACUACCAGGACUUGCCAGAUGGAAUGUUUCUACCAACAAAGGAUAGCAAACUGGAAGAAAAUAUGCCCAAGAAUAGAUACACAAAUAUGCUAGCAUAUGAUCACUCCCGAGUUAAAUUAAGAGGUUUACCUCCAGGACACACAGAUUAUAUUAAUGCUAAUUAUAUAGAUGGUUUUAAGAAAAAGAAGGCAUAUAUUGCAACACAAGGUCCUUUGAAAAGUACAACAGCUGAUUUUUGGAGUAUGGUCUGGCAAGAAGAUGUCCGAAAAAUUGUCAUGGUAACAAACCUCAAAGAAAAGAAUAGGCUUAAAUGCCAUCAGUAUUGGCCACAAGAAAAGAAAGCCAUGAACUGCUACGACAAGCUGAGAGUCGUCACUGAUUCUGAAAAUGUGUUCCCAGUAUUUGUAGUCAGGAAAAUCAAGCUCACAGAUGUAAAGACUGAUGAGAGUAGGAUAGUGACUCAGUACCACUUUACAGCGUGGCCGGACCACGGAGUUCCGGAUGCCUUCCAGCUUCUACAGUUUUUCCGAAAGGUCACAGGAAACAGUACAGAGUAUGAAGCGCGGCCCACUGUGGUUCAUUGCAGUGCGGGGGUAGGAAGAACAGGCACCUAUAUAGGACUUGAUGCCUUGUGGAAACAGGGACGUAAAACCGGGUCUGUAGACAUUGUCCGCUUUGCCAAAACUAUGAGGAAGAACAGGACAAAGAUGAUUCAGACUCUGGAUCAGUUCACUUUCCUACACUUCAUUUUGAUGGAGGCAUUUGCUAAUCCUGAUGCAGCAAUAUCUGGAGAAAUGGUCGCCAAAUUCAAAGGAGUCAAAGAUCCUAAAGUUGUCCAAAGAAUUAGUACAGAAUUUGAGAGAUUGAAUGCGCUGCGACCUGAAUAUCAGAUGACAGAUUACCAAGAUGCUCUUCAUCCCAGUAAUCAGUCUAAAAAUAGAUCCCAGGAUAAUCUCCCAGUUGAUAAUUAUCGGGUUCGUUUAGACUCUAAUUAUGGAGAGGAUGCUGACUAUAUCAAUGCUGUGAUAAUGCCUACGAGUUGGAACAGGGAGGGAUUCCUGGUUACUCAGUACCCCCUUCCAUCUACCAUUGCAGACUUCUGGUCCAUGGUCUAUGAUUACCAGUGCUCAUCUAUUGUUCUUCUGGAUGAAGAAGACUAUGAGGAAUGUUUCUUCCCAGCUUUAGAACAGACAUCAGAAUGGGGUCGUCUGGUGCUACAGACAACGGGGGUGUCCGAACCCCAGGACUGUGUGACUGAGCUCACAGUAAACAUAACAAACACGCAAAAUGCCAUUGACAAUGACGAGGAUAUAGAGAAUGAGUUGGAGAUGGAGGUUAAGAUAUUCGUGGGCAGCGGUUGGAGGUCAACCAAUGAACUACCUGAAGCUCAGAAGCUGCUGCACUGCUUGCAUUACGAAGUUCAGAAACGUCAAACCCAGCUAGGAGAACAGAAACCGGUGGUCGUCAUAUGCAGGAAUGGAGCUACACAGAGUGGUCUUUACUGUGCUGUGUGUAAUAUUCUGGAUGGGAUAGACUGGUACAAUGAAGUAAACAUCUAUCACUGUGUACGACAGCUUCAGAUCAGGAAGCCAGAGGUCAUAAGGUCAAAGACUCAGUACCAGUAUUGUUACCAGGUAGCUCUUAACUACCUGAAUCCCGGUGACGUGUACGAGAACACGACAGAGGAGGAGAGGGAAACAGAGUAUGCCAAUGUGGGGGAUGUCCGACUCUCCCUAGAAAAAGAUCCAUUAAUAAAGCUGAAAGGUCAAGGUGGUAAGCAGGGGCCUGGUGAAAUAUAUUCAAAUGUUGGAGCUGUGAGUAAAUCAUCAGAUGAUCCUUUUGAUCCACCCAGCAAUAGAGAGCCACAGACCACCAUUUAAACCUCACUCUUGUGAAGAGCUACACACCACUCCUGCAGGAUAGAAGAGCAUCUGCACAUAGAAAUGUCUGCUCUUUACCUCUGCAUAGAUAAUAAUAAUAGGUUUGGCAGAAACAGGUGUUGAUAUUCAAUAUCAGACUAGUUAUCUAUAUGUACAUGCCAAAAAGAUACUUUAAAAAAUGGGUAUGAUCAUUCCCCAUUUGAAUUAAAAUUUCAGAAUUCAUUUAUAUUUGAGUAACUAUUUAUGACAUUCCCACCAGAUUUACUUAUUUUAUUAUUUAAUCUGAUCAUUUUUACAACUAGCUAUGAUGUAGCCUUUUUAAUACCUUUUUAUUUAAAAGACGAUACUAUCAUGAAGAAUUAAUGACAAAGGAAUAUUUAGGAACAGAGUGCAGAACCCUCCUUUUAUUUGUUUUUAGAUUUGAUGUCUAUAAACAUUUGUUAAUAUAUUAAUAACUGCGGCAAAACUCCAAAGCAACAGGCCAAAGGUUUUGCCAUGAAUAUGUGCAAUAAAUUUAUUACUUUUUUUAAAUGGAUGGCUUUAAGAUGAUUAACUUUUCAAUACCUGUCUCAAAUGUUGGUACAUAUAUGUACAUUUUAAAACUGCAAUAUUUUUUUGAGUGCAAUAUUUGAUAACAUGUACAGUUCAUUCAUACCUGUAGAUCAUAAUUAACAUGUUAGUUAAAAUUUGGUUUGAUAAGAAAUGAUAAGAAAUCCUCUUCCACAAAUAUAUACUGGCAUUUUGCAGAUUAUUUUAUGUUAUUGAAUCUGUUUAUGUUUUAUGUAACUAGAUGCUUGUUCAUUGUGCCAAUUCCAAAUUGUUUAUGUUAAUUCUACUUUUCUAUAAUAAAUCCAUUGUUUAUGUUAAUUAUACUUUUCUAUAAUAAAUCUUGCGUACUUUU